AUCGGGUCCCCUCAGAUCCUCACGGGCCAUGGCUGCGGGUGUGGGUGCGGGGGUGCGGCUGCCUCCCCACUCUCCCUCGGUGCCGGUGCUGCAGACGGUGGAGAUGCAGACGGGCGGAGAGCCGCUGCGCAUCGUCCCGCGGCUGGAGGCGGCGGAGGAGGCGGCGGCCAGGGGACUGUCGCUGCUGUCGCUGCGGCGGGAGAUGGCGGACAGGCUGGACCACGUCCGGCGGGCUCUGGUGCAUGAGCCGCGGGGACACGCCGGCAUGUACGGGGCGGUGGUGGUGCGCGGCGGGGCCGCCGCUGCCGGGGUGCACUUGGCCGCCCUCUUCCUGCACGGCGCCGGCUACAGCGCCAUGUGCGGCCACGCCGUCCUGGCCCUCGGUCGCUUCGCCCUGGACUACGGGCUGGUGGCGGCACCCAGCAGCCCCGAGACCCCCGUCCGCCUGCGCUGCCCCUGCGGGCCCGUCACCGCCUUCGUCCCUUGGGACGGCAGCCGCAGCGGUAACCCCGUCCGAUUCCACAGCGUGCCCGCCUUCGCCGCUGCCAUCGACUUGGCCAUCGAUGUCCCUGGUCACGGGAAGGUGGUAGUUGACAUUGGCUAUGGUGGCACUUUCUACGCUUUCCUCAGUGCUGAGCAGCUGGGCCUGGAUGUCUGCUCUUCAAAGACCAAGGACCUGGUCAGUGCGGCAAGCACGGUGACGGAGGCGGUGAAGAAACAGUUCAAGCUUCAUCACCCUGAGAGUGAAGACCUGGCUUUCCUCUAUGGCACCAUACUGACAGAUGGGAAAGAUGCUUUUAGUGAGGAACCCACCACCAACAUCUGUGUGUUUGCAGAUGAACAGGUUGACCGCAGUCCAACGGGUUCAGGUGUGACAGCUCGCAUUGCCUUGCAGUACCAUAAGGGACUCAUCCAGCUGGAUCAGACCAGAACCUUCCGGAGCAGUACCACAGGGUCCAUGUUCACUGGGAAGGCAGUGAAGAAAGCUAAGUUUGGGGACUACAAUGCUGUCAUCGUGGAAGUCUCUGGAGAAGCCUUUUAUACUGGUACAGCCACCUUCACUGUUGAGGAGGAGGACCCUCUGAAGUAUGGCUUCUUGUUCAAGUGACCUGAGUCUCACUGAUGGUGCUGCCCUUCUCCUGCCCAUGUGCUCCCCUUCAGUAUGUCCACACAGAUGGUUGUAAGGGGAACAGUCCUCAAGCAACAGGGGAACUGCUGGUGGUGUCUUUGGUGGUGUGAUGGUAUCUACUGGGAUUCAAGAUAACAGGCAGUGUUCCCCUGUUCUGAUUAGCAUAUUGGGUGCAAUGAAAUUAGCAUAGAUGGGCUGCUCUGAGAAGCCAUAAUCUUUCUCUUCUUUCUUUUCAAUAAUUAUUCACAGAAAACUGAGCUGAUCUUGGAGAGCUGUCUUCAAGUUUUUGUGCCUUCUUUGUGCCAAAUUUGUAAUUUGAAAGCCAGCUUCCUAUUAAACCCCAGCUGAAGACACUGCCUUCCCAGUCUAUUUUUCACUCUUGGAACUCAUUUCCUGGACUCUGCUGAGUGUCUCACAGCUGCUGGUUUGGAUUGUCAUCUCUCCUUCCAUGCCUCAUACUCAGCUGGUCUCACUCCUCUGUCUCUUGUCCCAGCUUCCCUGGCCUGCCCUGCUCAGACCUCUCCAGACAGCCCCUUCCUCACCCAUUCCACCCCUGCCAGAGCCCUGGAGAUGGAUGCAGGUGUUUGCUCAGACCUUCCAACCAUCCAGUCCAUGCCAUGCUGCUUCCCUAAACCUUCCUUGCUUGCUUAUCUUGGACCAUUGGCUGCAAGUACCCUGUGGUUAACUUUCAACAGGAGCAGCUGUAUUCAUAGGUCUGAGCCACCAUGACCUUUGGUUACAAGAUUAUUUACUGAUGAUUUUGUCCCAACCUUGGGGCAGCUUGCAUAGUAGAGUGCAGUCAAUAUGUUCUUUGCCAGAGUCCCUGGAGGGAAGAUUGCUGGUGUAAAAAAAAAAACAAAUGAAGCCCUGGGCUGUAGGCAAGACUUUGCACUGGCAGGAGCAGAGCUUCAGGCCACUGGUGGCCUGUAAUUUCCACUGUGUCUCUGGGACAAAAUGAUGUUCAUUUAUUGAAGACACUCAGGGGAGUGUGCCUCAUUAAAAUGAGACACAGAAAUUA